UUCUAGUCCAUGAUCAACACUUUCUAGCAACCCAUUUUUUUUAUUUUCAAAAAAUAACUAUUGGGACACGAGUCUUUAGUGUAGUUUAUAUAUAUAUAAAUAUAUAUCAUUCGCACCUCAAAAGUUAAUUGAAUCAUCACUAAUAUAUACACCAUGGAUUCCGGCGACAACGAGGUGGCAAUUGAUUUCCCUAAUCUCAUCCGUGUCUACAAUAAUGGCCGUGUUGAGCGGUUGUUCGGUUCACCGACCGUUCCACCAUCGCCGGAAGACUCUGCCACCGGCGUCUCCUCAAAAGACAUACACAUUUCACCGGAAAUCAAAGCUAGAAUUUACCUCCCAAAACUCAAAAACAGUACUACCGACCAAAACCUUCCAAUCUUAGUCUACUAUCACGGCGGCGCAUUCUGUCUCGAAUCCGCCUUUUCUUUCCUCGACCACCGUUACCUUAACCGCAUAGUCGCCGAAUCAAAUAUUAUCGCCGUUUCAGUUGAAUACCGUCUUGCCCCAGAAAACCCACUUCCGGUAGCAUACGAAGAUUCAUGGGCCGUUCUUCAAUGGGUGGGGUCCCAUGUUGAAUCAAAACCCGGGUUCAAAAAGGAACCGUGGUUAGUUAACCAUGGUGAUUUUGAGAAGGUAUUAAUUGGAGGUGAUAGUGCUGGAGGUAACAUAGUUCAUAAUUUAGCUCUCAGAUCUGGAUUUGAGAGCUUAAAUUGUGGAAUUAAAAUCUUGGGUUCUCUUCUCUGUUUUCCAUUUUUCUUAACAUCGAAAGAUUUUAAGGAAGACAGUUUACCCAGUAGGAUUUGGGGGUUUGUAAAUCCAUCAGCUGAAGAUGGAGUUGAUGAUCCAAGAAUUAAUCCGUUUGUUGAAAAAGCUCAAAGUUUAUCAACAUUGGGUUGUUUGAAGAUUUUAGUGUGUGUUGCAGAGAAAGAUGAACUGAGAAAUAUUGGGAUACAGUAUGUUAAAGCAGUGAAGAAAAGUGGAUGGAAAGGGGAAAUUGAAUUGAUUGAUGUUGAAGGAGAAGAUCAUUGCUUUCAAAUUUUUGAUACUGAGACUGAAAAAGGCAAAAAUCUGAUUAAGGGAAUGGCUAAUUUUAUCAACAAGUAUUCUGUGUGACCUCUUCUUUGCUAUGGUCAUUUUGGGUAAUGUCAAGAAGAUGAUGCUUUCAGAGUUUGUUUAUUAUAGUUACAUUAUACGUACCCCUUUUUAGUA